AUGGGUUGUAUUUUGGUGCGCGCCUGCGAUCCCUCCUCGCCCGACCCGGCCAUCCGCGACUUCUGGCACAUCAACGGCGUGCUGGUGGAUGCGGAGAGGGCGACGGAUGAGGACGGGGACAAAGUGGAGGAUUGCCCGCCCGGCGUCUUAUACGUGUACAAUAGCAAGUUGAUCUACCGCGCCAGGCACUGCUUGUUGUUCCCCAAGUCGAAAACGCGACAACUACAGUUCUGCAUUUGUGAUAUCAAGGGUGUAAAUAGCUGCAAUAAGUUCACUUCGCUCAAGGUAAGUUUUAGAAAAAAAAAUAUUAUUUUUUCACCGUGCAAAAAUUUUUGAAAUGUGCGUUUUUCGUUUUCGCAAAUAGUCACUAGAUCAAAAAUUCACUUCUUCUUUCUCUUCAGUACUGUAAAUGAUCUCUAACUUUUUUUCAGGACGGACGAACAUUUGCUCGACCAGUAGUGGACAUCUCAGUCACAGUAAAAGGCUCAUCAUUUCAUGUCGGAUUUGUUACAAAGGAUGCGGAUCGAGUGAGUAACUGCAUUUUAGAGUUUGGAUCACCUUUUCGGCGUAUUUUACUCGAUAAAAUGUUUGCAUCAACUUUUGUCCAAUUUUUUGGAAUUAUUUUCAGUCUAAAAUAAGGUCAGACUUUUAAAAUGAAUUUAAUGAAUAGGUACCUGAUUUGUCUUUUUUCAAAAUUCUUUGCCAAAUUCUACGCUAUAAAAUACUGUAAUCUUUCCUUUUUUCACGUUAUUUAUUUAAUUUUUGAGCGUUUUAUUUGCUAGUCCAAAAUAAAAUUUCCAUUUUCUCAACAAAAACUCUAAUAUCUUUUUUUAUCUGAUCCCCUGAUUAAUCCCAUUAUUCCAGGUAAGUCAACGAUUGCAAGAAGUCAUCGACAAGCAUCGACAAAAGCCCAAGAUUUUCCAAUUCAAUUCGGUGGACGUGGAUGGUGUGGAAAUCGACCUCCCCUGA